GUUGUUUUGUGCACGCGCUAAAUUUGAUAGCUUGUAAGUAUGAAUAUACCUGGAUGCCACCUAUGCCCUCUCACUUCGUAAAUGUAUUUGUGUUUAUUUUUAGCUGAUGUUAUUAAACAUUCAUAUGCGACCAGAAUAUUAUCUCGAUUAUCAAUCGUCACGACAUAUUUUAAUCAGUUACACCAGUCAAAAGCACAGUUGAAAUCUGAAGUCAAACGAAUGAAGGCCAAAAAGAAAACAUUAGAUAUGGUCGCCGAUACUCGUGGACUACUGUUGCGGGAUAAAUUUCAGAAUUUUUAUUAUGCUGCUAGUUUCUUUUUACAUCCCAAAUAUCGUGGUGUAGGACUAUUAACAGAUUGUCGUAGUCAGACCAUAACAAAAAUUCAUACCUAUGAUUGUAACAGCAGUAAUUCAGUCAUUGAUAUAGAAAAAAUAGAAGAAGCAUUAUCCGAUGAAUUGAAGCCUGUUGAAAAUGAGAAUGACCUGAAUGAUAACACAAGAAAGUUCAAUGAUCUUAUAAAUGAGAACCAUCAAAUGUUAUGUCAGUUAACUAACUCAGAAUUAAUUAGUGAAAACAAUAUUGAGGAUAAAGACUUAUUGAAUAUAUCAUCUUUAGUGAAUUCUGAAGAUAGGGAUAUAGCAAAUAUAUUCGUUGAACUCGGUUUAUUGGACGAAGAUGUACAAGAACAAAAUGAUAAUCAAACAGCAAGUAGUCAAGAUAGAAAUGAUGAUGAGGAGGAUUAUGAUAUAGAUGAAUUGGUCAAAGCAGCAAUCACUACUUAA